AUGGAUUUUUUCGAAGGCUCUAUGGAUAAUGGGGCUAAGAAGUUGUUGUUUCGACCAUCAGGAAAACAAGCAUCUAAUAGUAUUACUACAGAAUUAGCUACAGAAGCAUUCGCAUUAGCUAAAACUGAUAGUUAUGCAGCUUUGUGUCAUUUGGUACAACGAGCACCAAAAAGAUGUCUUUCUAGUUUAAAAGGUUUUGAUUCAAAUCUUGAAUAUUUUCAAAAAAGAACUCGUUUACAUGAACAUGUUAAGCAGGCACAAAUUAAAAAGUUUUGUUGGCCGGACUCGUUUCCGGAUUGUACUGAAGAACUAAAAAAUGCAGUGAAUGAAUGGAUAGUUAAAUAUUUUCGUAAAGAUGGUAGACCAAAAUGUCUUUUCUUAAUCGGUCCUACAGGUGUAGGUAAAACAGCAUUUGCUUUAUCACUUCCUGGUAUCGCAAAUUAUUACCACGGACACUGGGCAACUGAUCAGUGGAAUGAUGAUGCAGAUUAUAUCGUUUUAGACGAUAUUCCAUGGAAUGAGUAUACACAGAGAGGAUUUGCAUCUGCACAAGAUUUAAUUACAGGUCAACAAUUUGUUUCUGUUAAUGAUAAAUAUGGUAAAAUUAAAAAGAUUAAUACUGCAAUGCCCGCAAUAGUACUCUUGAAUCCCCAUCAUGCAGCUGAUCUUCUAAAAUUACUCGAUAAAAAUAAUAAUAGCCACAUGGCACGUUUCUGGCAAGAACGAUCGUUUCUAUAUGUUAUGGGAGAAAAUGAAUAUUUCUAUAACCCUACAAUGCACAAAGAGAAAGAAAAACAAAUUAUUUAUACUGUUGAUCAUUUACCAGUGUUUCAAGAAGCUCGUCGUCGAUGGCUCAAUUCUCAACAACAAAAUAUAACUGAUGAAGAUGGUACUGAAGAUUCAAGUGGUAAACAAUUUGAUAAUGAGAGUGUAGUAUCUGAAGAAUAUUCACUUCAUGGUUGA